AUGUCCGCUAAUUCGAGCGACGGUCCGGGUCUGACUGGCCAAUGGUUCGGAGAGGAGGAGGAAAAGAACGGGAUGUUUGGGAGCACAGGGCCCCGUUUCGACGAGAUGCGGGACGACCUCCACGCAAAAAGCUGGGAACACGAGACGAACGCGCCCAAGCAGCAAUUCCAUUCCUUUGAAGGAAGCGGUGUUGCCAUGGAAACUGCAUCUACAGGUGAAUCUCUGUCUGACAUGUUUCUGAAGUCAUCCCCAGGAGAAGGGGAUCUGUACACGUCUCUUCUUUCCUCAAAGUCCUCUUCCAAUCCCUUCAAUGACGGUGCUUCUCUCUUCUCCACUGAGGGCAACCGUUCUCCACCUGCUCCCACUGGAACUGACUCUGGCAUUGGCAUGACCCCGGGUGACCCUUCAGAUCACCAGACGACUCUGCAGGGUUCGCACAAGACAGACCAUUACAGCUACAUGGACAUGGGUGAUGACCUCUGCGAUUUUGGCAAUGCCAAAAAUAAGCAGCAACCCUCCGUGGUCGGCUAUGGAGAUGAUGACGACGACGAUGAUGAUGAUGAUGACGAUGAUGACAUUCAAGAUUUCAAGCCGAAGACGCCGGAAAGUAAAGAGUCCAGCCAUGACCUCUUUGAUAUAGGGCGCUAUUUGGAGAAGAGUCCACUUGGUUCUGAAGAUGUUGAGGUGAAGGAGAGUCCGGGAUCGGCAGGUGGGGAGCACACAUUUCCUUACGUGGAGGAUCCUUCGGAUGAAGAGAUGGCCGAUUUCCGUUCGUACCGCAGGAUGGAAACGCCACAGAGUGCCAGUCCAGUAAAAAUCACAGUGACGACAGAGUCCCACGCUGCUGUGACCCAGCCAAUGAGAGAGUCCCCACAAGGAAGCGUGGCUGAAAGAGAGAGUGUUCUCAGUUUUGGUCAGCCGGGUCUUCCCACAGUAACACUGUCAGAACCAGAGGAUGACAGCGCGGCCUCAUCGGCUAGCCACUCCCCUAACCACUCCCCUACAGGUCGAGAGUCUCCAUCUGAUGUGUUGUUCCAGCCUGCAGGAAUGAAGUCUGUAAGCUCCAUCCAAGAUUCCAGCAGCACCACCUAUCAUCCCAAUGCUGCAGAAGACCAAGAUGUCAAGAGCUCACCCAAACCCUCCCCCACAUGGGCUCAAGAGCUUCAAGGCAGUGAAGACGAAUCUGGAGAUUCAGAAAUUGAGCAAGUUGCCGAAGAAUCUGAUUCACCAAUGCACGACUUGACAUCUAAGAUUCCAACCGCAGGUGAAUUCGGUCAAUCAAGCAAUCCAUUUGAGCAGACCAGCUACACAUCUGUCAGUGAUAAAGCUAGCGACCUGUUUGAAAAGCCUCAAACCAACAAAGUUUGUGCUAGUAACCCAUUUGAGCUAUCUGGAGGCACGAAGGCGAGUUUUGGUCAACCUGGCAACCCUCCGCUCUACAGUCUGUUGAGAGAAGAAAGAGAGGCGGAGCUUGACAGCGACCUGCUUAUCGAAUCAGCUUCUGAGGAGAGUCCCAAGAGGGAACAGGAAUACUCUGCCCCAAAACUUCCUGAAACAUCUCCACUGACCUCAGACCUUACUUCCUCUAAGCCCGUCAAAGCUUCCUGUGACUCAACCUCUCCUUUCAUUGAACCCCCAGCUAGCACCUUGAGAGUAAAAGAAGAAGAAGUAAAAGAAAAGGAAAAGGAGAAACCAGCGCCUGUUGAGAAGCCCAAGCCAGAACCAGAAGACAGCUGGUCCCUUAAACCCAGGCCUGCAGUAAUGGGAACAUCUACAGUGCCUCUGGAGCAACACUCCAUUCAGGAGGAGGAGGAGAUUAAAAGUAAAAGCAGUAUUGAGAAUGCUACAACAGAGAAAGAUGCACCUCUGCCUCCGUUAUUCCAGAGCAUCAACAGACAGAAAGUCAUGGCAGCUUCAGUGGUAGAUCUGGUACACUGGCGGGAUGUGAAGCAGUCUGGACUGGUGUUCGGUAGCGUGUUACUGCUGCUGUUCUCUUUAACCCAGUUCAGCGUGGUGAGCGUUAUUGCAUACCUUGGCCUAGCUAUCCUCUCUGCCACCGUCAGCUUCCGAAUCUACAAAUCCGUCCUGCAGGCGGUGCAGAAAACCGACGAGGGACACCCAUUCAAGGCAUAUCUGGAGGUGGAUAUCGCUCUCUCUGCAGAUCAGAUCAGCAGGUAUGUGGAUAAAACUCAGCUGUAUGUCAACACCACCAUGAAGGAGCUUCGCAGGCUGUUCCUUGUUCAGGAUCUGGUUGACUCCAUAAAGUUUGCAGUGUUGAUGUGGUUGUUGACCUAUGUGGGAGCUUUGUUUAAUGGCCUAACCCUGCUUAUUCUGGCUGUGAUCUCCAUGUUCAGCGUCCCAGUGGUUUACGAGAAAUACCAAACGCAGAUUGAUCAGUAUUUAGGCCUGGUGCGUUCCCAGGUUAACUCAAUAAUGGGAAAAAUUAGGGAAAAGGUUCCCGGGGCCAAGAAGAAGGAAUAAAGUCUUCGCUUCUGCACGACUGUAAACACUAUAGCCAGUAACACUACUACAGUAAAAACUUCUUGCCAGCACUGAAGGACCCCAACUACUACACAGGCGGCCAAUGUAUCACCUCAAAAAGUCUUGUUACUAUAAAGGCAUUGAUUAAAAUGCUUACCGUUGACAGUCACAGAUGUACAGUAGCCCUGCACUAACAGCUAACACUGAUUUCACAAACACACAUUGUGAGAAUCAUAGAUCUAUAGAUAUACCAGAAGGACACAACACUCUCCUCUCUUUCAUUGCUUUAGAUUUAAAUGCAUGAAGUCCCGUCUUGAGUAAAUAUUUGCUAUUUCUACAGUGCUGUUCCUCUUUGCUUUAUUUUACAGUGCAUAUUUUCUGCUGUACAAUGUGACUCAAAGAUGAAGCUCAUGCCUGUCAUAUAAUCUCCUGCUGCCAUAUCGAUAAAUCGCUUCAGUUUGCCAUCACCGUUAAAGUGGCUCUGUGUACAGACAUACUUAUUAUCAAGUUGAAUUUAGUGAUUUUAAUUUUUAGUUUUUUUCCUGUGUAUUUGAGCACAAUGAUAAUUUAAAUAUGUUAUUACUAAAUGUGGUAACUGUAAUAUUUGCAAACCUGUAGGGACACGUGUAGGUGUUUGAAGAAAAGCUUUGUGGUGCUUUUGUUAGGGCACUUAAUGGUCAGACUGCAGAACAACUUCAGCUGUACUAAACUCUGUCUGCCUUUGUACGAUGUUCAGUGUUCGAUUAUUUUAAACUAUUUGCACUCUGUAUUUAAUUGAUGAAUGAGAAAAAUAAAUGUUCCUUAAUGUAAGAA